AUGAGAACUCCCAAAAAAAACGACAAUGUUAAUGGCGGAAAUAAAGAUGAAAGUCUUUCUAUUGGACUCAAUGGCUUGCUGGAUGGUAAUUUGUCUUAUUUAGUUCAAAAUCUGUCCACUCUGAAAGGAACCCCAAAAAGAACUUCAAAGAGAGCCCCAAAUGGAUUAACGCCGGAGAAAACGCUGAAGAGAAUCUCAAAAGGAACUCCAAAGGGAACGCCUAAGAGAUCAACUCCAAAAAGAGUAUCUAGUAAUUCACUAUUGGGAAAUCCAUUAAUAAAUCCUAAAAUUACAGAAUCAUCUCUAUUAUCGAUCUCAACCCCAAAAAAGAACUAUAGACAAUCAAAUUUAGACUCAUUAAUAAAUUCAUCCUCAAAAAAGAUUGAUAAUAACCAAAAUAUUGAAUUAGACCUAAAUCAGAAACAAACUGUCUCUAUAUUAAAUCAUGACAAUAACGACAAUGAUAACAGUGAAAUUGAUAAAGAAAAUAAUGAUAGUCAACAUGAAACAAUGACGGAAAAUGCUAUCAUCGAAUCUCAUAAACCAAAUAAACAAGAAAAAAAGUCAAAAAAUAUACUUAAAAGAAAAAGAAUCUCCAAAAAUGAACCCCGAAUUAAAAAACAUAACACUAAAAGACUCAAAAAAUCUUCUCCUUCCACUUCUUCUUUCAGAUCAAACCCUGAUUUAGAGAUUAAUCUUAAUAGAUUAAACAAAUUUUACAAUCCGAAUAAAUCUCCAAAUGAAAAAAUUACUUCAAUUGAUAUUCUAACUCAAAUUUUAAAUGAUUUUUUCUCUAAUAAUGAAAACUUUAAUAGUGAAUCUCCUUUAAAUCAGUCUUUAAUUAAAAACUUCUCAAAUAAUAUUCAAGAUCAUUUUAAUAAAUUAAAUGAUAAUAACUUAUUAAUUAACAACAAUUUACUAGUUAAUUUAAAAGAUUUAAAUAAAAGAAAAAAUUCAAUUAGACAACAAAUCUACGAUUUAAGAUUAAAACAUAAAAAGAUUCAACAAAAUGUUCAGCAUCUAAGAUCUCAAAAUUUGAAAAAAAGAAAUGAAUAUUUAAUUGAUAAAAAUUUAUCCAAAAAUUUGAACAAUUUAAGAGAAAAUUUUAACAAAAAUAAAAAUAAAAGUAAAAACAAUGAUAUUCAUGAUUCAAAUCAAAAGACCCUUUUUAAUGAUAUUAACGUGAAAAUUAUUCAUUUGAGUCAAAGAACAAACCCUCAUUUUGGGCUAAUCGAUAAAAUAAAAUUAUUAAACAAAAAACUUAAAAAAUACAUAUAA